AUGCAGAAAACUUAGCAUUACACAGUUGAUUUUAUCAGCGUUUCAAACCAAAUCACAUUUAUAAGCGUUUGCGUCUGAAAUUUUUUUUUUAACUCUUCCAGUUCCUGAUGCUGUCCAGAGCCUUUCUUCAUCAUGAAAAAUGCAUGCAAAGCAUUUUCAAGGUACUCAGAUGGACAAAACACUGAACACAGGAUGUUCUUACCAAGCUUGUCACACAUUGUGAUGACCAAUUCACACCUCAGACCUCUCCCACCCUUAUAAACAAAAGAUAUGUUCAUGACCAUUCACACCUCAAAUUCCUCAUG